AUGUCCCUCCUGGGCUACGGCCUUCCCAACCCUGCCUGCGCCACUCUAGUCUCCACCCUCGUCCGCUCCCGCCGCCUCGUCGACGCCUUCCAUGCCAUUGGCAUCAUGCGGCGGCUCAAGUUCAGGCCGGCGUUAUCUGCGUACACCGUGCUGAUUGGUGCUCUGGCUGAGGCGCGGCAGCCCGAGCGUGCGCUGGAACUGCUGCGGCAGAUGCAAGAGGUCGGGUAUGAGGUGGGCGUGCCUCUUUUCACGACGUUGGUGCGGACCCUGGCCCGCGAGGGAAGAGUGGAGGGCGCGUUGAUGCUGGUGGACGAGGUGAAGGGGAGAUGCCUUGAGCCAGAUAUUGUGUUGUACAAUGUGUGUAUUGAUUGUUUUGGAAAGGCUGGGAAUGUGGACAUGGCCUGGAAGUUCUUUCAUGAGCUGAGAGCCCAGGGUCUGCAGCCAGAUGAUGUAUCAUACACAAGCAUGAUCUGGGUGCUUUGCAAGGCAGGGAGACUAGGUGAGGCAGAGGAGUUAUUUGGGCAGAUGGAAGUGGAAAGGGCUGUGCCUUGUGCUUACGCAUAUAAUACUAUGAUCAUGGGAUAUGGGUCAGCUGACCGGUUUGAUGAUGCUUACAAGCUGCUUGAGCGCUUGAGGGAGAGGGGUUGUAUUCCAUCUGUCAUUUCAUUUAAUUCAAUUAUCACGUGCCUCGGGAAGAAGAGGAGGGUUGAUGAGGCACUGAGAUUGCUUGAUGUCAUGAAGAAGGAUGCUAAGCCAAAUACCUCAACGUAUAACAUCAUUAUUGAUAUGUUGUGCAUGGCUGGGAGGGUUAAUGAAGCAUAUAAGAUACGUGAUGAAAUGGAACUUGAUGGCCUAUAUCCAAACUUAAUGACAGUUAACAUAAUGGUGGAUAGGCUGUGCAAGGCAAAGCUGCUCGAUGAGGCCCAUAAAAUAUUUGAAAGUGCGAGUCAGAGAGGUUGCAAUCCUGAUUCUGUGACGUACUGUUCCCUUAUGGAUGGCCUUGGAAAGAAGGGAAAGAUUGAUGAGGCCUAUAGGCUAUUCGAGAAAAUGUUGGAUGCAGGCCACAAUGGUAAUCCUGUGUUAUAUACUUCCUUGAUCAGGAAUUGCUUUCUGCAUGGAAGGAAAGAAGAUGGGCACAAGAUCUUCAAAGAGAUGAUCCGUCGAGGAUGCAAGCCUGAUCUCAUCCUACUUAACACAUAUAUGGAUUGUGUUUUCAAAGCAGGUGAGAUUGAAAAGGGAAGAGCAAUUUUUGAGGACAUCAAGAGUUAUGGGUUUCUUCCUGAUGUUCGAAGUUACUCCAUUUUGAUUCAUGGUGUCACAAAAGCUGGUCAGGCUAGAGAAACGUCCAGUAUUUUUCACGCAAUGAGUCAGCAAGGUUUUGCACUUGAUGCUCGGGCUUACAAUGCUGUUAUUGAUGGGUUAUGCAAAUCUGGAAAGGUAGACAGGGCCUAUGAAGUUCUCGAGGAGAUGAAGCUAAAACAUAUCUCUCCAACGGUUGCUACAUAUGGAUCGAUUAUUGAUGGUCUGGCCAAGAUUGAUAGGUUAGAUGAGGCUUACAUGCUUUCUGAAGAAGCGAAAUCGAAAGGAAUAGAAUUGAAUAUUAUUCUGUAUAGUUCUCUCAUAGAUGGCUUUGGGAAGGCUGGCAGGAUAGAUGAAGCUUAUUUAAUUUUAGAAGAGAUGCUGAAGAAGGGUCUGACUCCAAAUGCUUAUACAUGGAAUAGUCUCAUGGAUGCUUUAGUGAAAGCUGAAGAAAUCAACGAGGCCCUUAUUUGUUUCCAGUCAAUGAAGGAAAUGAAAUGUCCACCAAAUACCUAUACAUACAGCAUUCUUAUAAAUGGCCUUUGCCGGGUACAGAAGUACAACAAGGCUUUUGUGUUCUGGCAAGAAAUGCAAAAACAAGGUUUGAUCCCAAACGUUGUCACUUACACAACCAUGAUCUCCGGGCUUGCAAAGGGAGGGAACAUAACAGAUGCUUACAACCUAUUUGUGGGGUUCAAAACCAAUGGCGGAGUGCCUGACUCUGCAUGUUUCAAUGCUCUCAUAGAGGGUAUGAGCAAUGCAAACAGAGCAAUGGAGGCGUAUCACAUUUUUGAAGAAACUCGUCUAAGGGCAUGUAGAGUCAAUGUGACGACAUGCGUCAGUCUUUUAGACGCUUUGAACAAGUCUGAAUGUCUCGAGCAAGCUGCGGUCGUUGGUGCAGUUCUGAAAAAGAAGAAAAAUCCAGUCACUAUGCCUAAUCAUAUGUUGGAACCAAUCUUUUUACCAGGCUGCAGCGGCGCCGGUGGUGUAGUCCGGUGGGAAUACAGGGCGAGUGCGGGGAGCUGGGCUUCGACCGCAAGGCGGCUGCGUGAGGAGCUGUUUGCUGGAGUUGUUGAUUGGAGAGGGAAGGAGGCAGCACUGGAGGUGACACUGCUAGGAGAAGAAGAGGUGGCGGCUGUUAUGGGGAGCGAAGUGGGGCUGCUGCGUGAAGGCGGCAUGAAGGCAACUGCAGGCUAUGGUGGUGUUGAGGGGGAGUCAGUGUGGCUGGGAGGAGACGAUGGCCUGAAGAGGACACAUGUGCCAGGCGGGUGUGAGCUGUGCGAGGCAGAGGAGGCAACAGCGAAUGGCGCUGGUGACUUCAGGGAAUUUGAGUCAUUUGAUCAGCUCACUCCCUCUCAAAGUAACACAAUAUGUACUGCUGACAAGACUUUAGCCUUACAUGUGCCAGCUUUCCCGGUCAAUUUGUUGUCUAUGAGUGCUCUAAUUGACGAGGUGAACUGUAGGAUAACCGUUGACAGAGAAAUGAGCUUUAUUGAGGGCAGACCAACUGGAAGGAGGAUUGGGACUGAGGGUAACCGUUGA